GUGGGUCUGGGGGGGAGAAGAGAAGGCUAGGAUGUCAGGCCUUGCCCCACGAAUCGUCUCGUCAUGGCUGGUAACUCUGCCCCGAACUUGCCGUGCCGAACCAGGCCCCGCACAGAGUGCCUGACCUAGGCUCAGCUUGGAGGUCAGCCGAGGUGGUUCAAUGGUUGGGUCCAGCGUUUGUGGCUCAUGUGAACCAUGUCGACGCCUGGCUGGCCCGAAGCGAUUCGGAGCUCACGUGCCGCACGAGUGUCGCAAUGGACAUCAGUCUUGCUGGGAACACCGAAAAUGAAGUGUCCUUUGAUGUUCAACCUGCUGCUCAGCUGACUGGAGCUAUUCCAUACGCCAGUCUUGAUGUGCUCCGAGAAAUUCGGGCUCUAAAUUUGGAAGUAGAAAUACCCCUCUGUGCGCAUAUGCUGUCUAAGGCACACUGAGCUGGUGCUACAGGUAGUAAUAGUCCUCGUUGCCACUGGGCUCGUGCUUUCGAGUCGUUGUGCUUGGUUCUCGAAGCCAUGGCGGCGCUUUUACGCACCGCUGCUCAGCAGCAGAGCAUGACGAGUUUGGUCUUGAAAAAGCCCUUCGUAGGGGAGACUACACGAUUCCGUUCCUUCGCAGCAGAAAGAUUCCUCAAGUGCUCGCAAGCCGACAGGGGACAGUCUCGAAAUAGGUUCACAUCGCUGAGAGUCAGCUCAGUCCUUGAGGUACCGAGUAGCCUUGAGGGCUCCCUCUCUCCUGUGGUGUUUCCAACGCCUGAUGACGGCGAUUCAACCACGAAAAGGUGGAAGGUCCUUCCUGACAUGUGGCCAACUCUUUCGAAGCAGUACGGUGACAAGAUCGCUGUUUUCGAUCCACACCACGGUCAGAAGCGAGGCUUGACGUUUUCGGAGCUCGAAACCGCAAUCCACGACUUCGGUGAAGGUCUCCGUGUCUAUGGGCUGAAGCAAGGAGAGUGCGCAGCGCUUUUUGCUGAGAACUCGCAUCGAUGGCUUAUUGCUGAUCAAGGCGUCAUGGAUAUUGGUGCUCGUGACGCGGUUCGAGGAGCAAAAUCGUCAGGAGCGGAGUUAUUUCACAUUCUGGAAAACUCUGACAGUACCGCCGUCAUCGUGGAUAACGUAGACGUUCUCGAGCGCAUCGCCCCUUUCCUCGAAGCUUCUUCAGUGAAGGAGAUUGUCAACUUCGCGGUUGUCCUUUGGCCUCCUGUCGCCAAAGGCCAGCCAACCAGCUCUGACUGGAAGGCCAGAAGCAAGUGCUUCAAAUGGUUUCCUCUGCACUCGUUCGAGGAAGUAUCAGCAGCUGGGAGGGCCAGCAGGCUCACUCAUGAUGCGUUAUCGCGCUCGGAGCCUCGUCAGACCUCUAGACCUGAUGACGUGGCAACAUUGGUGUACACGUCUGGAACGACCGGGAAUCCCAAGGGAGUGAUGCUCACGCACAACAACCUGAUGCAUCAGGUCAACAACUUCACAUGUGCCCUGACGCCCGAGUCUGGUGAUGUCAUGUUGAGCCUGCUACCCCCGUGGCACAUGUACGAGCGCUCAUGCGAGUACUUCCUGCUGAGCCAUGGCGUCCAGCUUGUCUACAGCAAUGUCAAGUCGUUCAAGGAGGAUCUGGUGAAACAUCCUCCGGACUACUUUGUUGCUGUUCCACUUGUCUUUGAGGUUCUAUACAGCGGAGUCCAGAAAAAGCUUGCUGCAGCAUCAGCUGCCAGAGCAGCAGUCGCCAAGUUCCUGAUGAAAAUUAGCUGCCUCCACAAGGAAGCUCUGCGCGUCUGGACAGGAUUAGCAGUCCUUCGUUCGCAAGAAAGCACUCAGGGGCUCAUGUUUGCCAAGGCGCUGGUGGAAACUCUGGGAGCAGGGCUGUUGGCGCUGGUGCUGCUGCCUCUCCACCUGCUGGCAGAGAAGCUUGUGUACGCCAAGGUCAAAGCUGCAAUCGGCAUUAAAAAGGCAGCAGUAAGUGGUGGAGGAAGCUUGCCAUCGCAUGUGGACAAAUUCUUCGAGCAAAUCGGGAUUACUCUGCUCAAUGGAUAUGGCCUCACAGAGACCUCUCCUGUGCUGACAGUCCGACAAAGUUCCAAAAAUGCACUGGGGAGCAUUGGGAGUCCAGUUCCAGGAACGGAGAUCAAGAUUGUGGAUCUGGAGACAGGGUUUGGUCUGCCUGCAGGCCAGCGAGGGCUGGUCAAAGCACGUGGCCCACAAGUGAUGAAGGGCUACUACAAGAAUCCGUCUGCCACAGCAAUCGCAAUUGAUGAGGAUGGCUGGUUCUCAACAGGCGAUCUCGGGUGGAUCUCCCCUCUGAAGCCAGUUGGUGCUGCUCGAAAUGCUGGAGGGCUCCUGGUCCUGGACGGUCGAGCCAAGGACACGAUUGUCCUCGCCAGUGGCGAGAAUGUGGAGCCUGCUUUCGUCGAGGAGGCUGCUCUUAGAAGCCAUGUCAUCCGCCAGAUAAUGCUGAUUGGCCAGGACCAGAGGAAGCUUGGAGCGCUGAUUGUUGUGAAUGAGGAGGAGAUGGAGGCUUCCGUGGCAAGCAUGAGGGCUGAGAAGGGGGUGGAUGGAACCGAGGUGACAGAAGAGGAACAGAGAAGGGUGGUGCGACAAGAACUCACCCGCUGCUUGACAGAGGCUGGGUGUUUGGCGCAUGAGCGAGUUGGGCCAUUUGCAAUCCUCAAAGAAGCAUUUACGGUCGAAAAUGGUCUCCUCACUGCGACGAUGAAGAUGCGUCGUGAUGUGAUUUACGACCGGCACAAGGAGCUUUGUGACCAUCUCUUCCAGCAUUAACUCACUCAAGGUUCCACUCUAGCUGUUCAAAGCAGUGAAUUGUAUCUGUGGAGAUGGUCUGUGGGUCCUGCGGAAUAUAGAUUGUUGAUUUCUUUUUGUAUAGAUGGUGUUCAUGACGAGUGGUCAUGGAUGUGCAAUAAUGUUGAUCACAGUGAUCCAAAACAACCAACAAAUUGGUAUCUGCAAGUGACUGCCAUUUGAGCAAGAGUUUGAACCAGGGCCCAAAUUU